UCGGCUCACUUGACAGCAGUCUACUCGGAUUAAACAUGGACCAUUCCAUAGGCGAAUAAAAAAUGUAAUUCACCUAUAAUUGGAAAACCUAAUCUGUUGAUUUUUAAUUCCAAGAACAACAGCAGGCCUAUUGGCAUCAUCUUCAAUGCUUCAUGUAACCUAUGCUUGAAAGCAUUCCUCUUCCGGCUACAGAGACUAGUGAGCACGCGCGUGCUCCGCAAGAGCGAACUGGUGCUGAUGCUGAAGAGGAGGCGCGCGCCUCACAUGAGCGCAUCGCAUUACAUCACUUUGCUACGACGUGAUUGGCUGAAGGUCAAUGCGUACUUCGCUCGCGGACUAUCACAACCAUAUAUCUCGACUCGCACUCGAAAUAUUAUAGCUCUCAAAAUUGAUUGCAAAUAUAUUUUCGUUUAGUGCCCGUUUUGAGGAUGGCCGAGAGCGAGGCAGACACGCCAAGCACCCCGAUUGAGUUUGAGAGCAAAUACUUCGAGUUUGAUGGAGUGCGACUUCCACCCUUCUGCAGAGGAAAGAUGGAGGAGAUCGCCAACUUCUCCCUCAGAAGUAGCGACAUAUGGAUUGUCACGUAUCCCAAGUCAGGUACCAGUCUCCUUCAGGAAGUUGUGUAUCUGGUGAGUCAGGGAGCGGAACCAGAUGAGAUUGGUCUGAUGAACAUCGAUGAGCAGCUUCCUGUUCUGGAGUACCCUCAGCCUGGCCUAGACAUCAUACAGGAAUUGACAUCUCCUCGUCUGAUCAAAAGCCACCUGCCCUACCGCUUCCUGCCUACAGCCAUGCACAAUGGAGAGUCCAAGGUGAUCUACAUGGCGAGGAACCCUAAAGAUCUUGUGGUGUCUUACUACCAGUUCCACCGCUCCCUCAGAACCAUGAGCUACCGCGGAACCUUUCAGGAGUUCUGCAGACGCUUCAUGAAUGACAAGUUGGGAUAUGGUUCCUGGUUUGAGCACGUGCAGGAGUUCUGGGAGCAUCGCAUGGACUCAAACGUCCUCUUCCUGAAAUAUGAAGACAUGUACAAGGACCUGGGGACGUUGGUGGGGAAGCUGGCGAGGUUCCUGGGUGUCUCGUGUGACAAGGCCCAGCUGGAGACAAUGGUAGAGAGCUGCAACCAGCUCAUAGAGCAGUGCUGCAACUCAGAGGCCCUCUCCAUCUGCAGGGGUCGCGUGGGACUGUGGCAGGACAUCUUCACCGUGUCUAUGAACGACAAGUUUGACGCGGUGUAUAGACAGAAGAUGGGCAAGUCUGACCUGACCUUUGACUUCGGCCUGUGAGGACCGGACCGACUGACCACAACGACACGAACACGGACUUACACUCCUCCUCCUGCUGCCUAAACACCGUACACUCCUCCUCCUGCUGCCUAAACACCGUACACUACUCUGCCUCUCUUCAUCACUCAAUAAAUCAAUCAAUCAAACAAUCACGUUUUGGAUAUACUGUAUAACGCUGUAUGAAUGCUAUGGUGGAGAAUCAUAAGUCCAGCCCAGAGUCAAGUAUAAAGACUCCCCAUGACUGCCCUUUGAUACAGAGCAAGUGUUCCGUUUUAGCUGUAUCCAGGUCAGUUCCUAUUUUACCUAGCCCUUCAUUUUAGCACACUUUUUUCACUUUCAGUACAUUACAUAGCUUGUUUGUUACAAAAAGGCUUUCAAUGGGCAUUAGCUUAAUCAAAACUAGACUUUUUGUAUCAACCUUUCUUGCCGAGGUGAAUGGGGAAUGUGUGUGUGUGUGUGUGUGUGUGUGUGUGUGUGUGCGUGUGUGUGUACAUGCUCGUGUGUGAGCAAAAUCACAAAAAUGACACAUCACAACUGCCUUUUAUAUCAGUUCUGUUUGUUUAUGCUGCUAAAGUGAUGCCUUUCUCUGCCCUCAGACCCAUAGCCACCUAUAGAGUUACUGUACCACACUGAGACAGAGUAUCCCUCCAUGUUACCACCAUUCUCUGUGUGCUCUCCCCCAAGUACAUGUAGCCCCUUUUCUCUUCCAUUGCUUGCAUCUCUUUCUCUCCUCCUCCUCCUCCGCCUCCCCCUCCUCCCUGCCGUAAAUGCCCCCAGAGAGACCAGUAGACCCCCAACCCCCAUCCCCUCUGCUCUGCUGGACACUUGUGAAUGUCUUCAUUGAUGUGGAUGUAACAACCUCAACCCCUCCCACAGGCUCAGUUCUGUGCUUAGGACAUCCCUCUUUUAUUCUCUCUCUCUCUCUCUCUCUCUCUCUCUCUGUUUCUCCCACUCUGUAUCUCUCUCUCUCUCUCUCUGUUUCUCUCACUCUGUCUGUAUCUCUCUAUCGAUUCAAUUCAAUUGGCUUUAGAUACAUGUGUUUACAUUGCCAAAGCAAGUGGAAUAGACAAUAAACCAAAAGGGAAAUAAACUCUCUUGUCAGCUUUUUCUCUCAUUCUCUCUGUUUACGACCGUUGGCAAUCCUGCUGCAGCCCAUCUCUACAAGGGUAAUGGUGUGUAUUUUUGUUUGGUUUUUAUAUGCCUGUAGGGUUGUCCUAACCUGGGCAUAAUGCAUUGUACUUUACAUGCUUGCUUGCUGGUUUAUUAAUAAAGUUAUGUCUUCAGGA